AUGGAUCCUCAAAUACAGCAACUAGAGGGCCAGCCUAUAGUGACUCUACAUCCAUUGUCAGGAUAUUCAUUCGGUGUCAAGGAGCCUCAAAUGGAAGAAGAUCCAUCUGUAGCCGCCAGACUAGCUCGAUUGCAAGCAGAAUACGGCACCCAGGGAAUGAGGAGGAGUGUAGAAGCUGUCUUGGUAGUUCAUGAACAUGGACAUCCACACAUCCUAAUGAUGCAAAUCGCCAAUACCUUCUUCAAACUGCCAGGAGAGCAACUACGACCAGGAGAAACCGAAGUUGAUGGAUUGAAGAGAUGUCUGAACAUCAAGUUGGCGCCGCCGAAUUCUAUUCCGCUAGAGACAGAUUGGGAGAUUGAACAUCUAUUGACUGUCUGGUGGAGGCCAAACUUUGAAACCUUUAUGUACCCAUACAUACCGCCCCAUAUCACACAACCCAAGGAGAUGAAGAAGGUCUACCUCGUCAAAAUGCCACCAACGAAGCUUCUAUCAGUCCCAAAAAACAUGAAACUACUAGCAGUACCACUCUUUGAAUUGUAUGAUAACUCGGCACGUUAUGGACCUCAACUAGCUGCAUUACCUCAUUUACUUGCACGUUUUCACUUCCAGUAUACAUAA